AUGUCAACAAUAACGCCCAGCCCCACCCUCGACCCCGACUGGACACCAUCAGUAUACGGCUGUAACAGGAAAGGUGACUUCUGGAUCUGGGAUUACCACGCACAAAACGAUCAACGCACGGUACUAGGAGGCCCAUCUCAGACCACCAACUGCCUCCCAUCGACCUGGGAUCCCUCGCGUGCGUACGCCGGAACACAAUGCCCGACGGGCUACACGUCUGCUUGUCUGUCGACUGGGUCGUCGGCUACACCAACAACGACAGUUUGCUGCCCCACAGUCUAUUCGUUUAGUUGCGUUGAUAACGCGAGCAAGAAUCCCCACGGUCCCUGGUUUCCUUGUAUGUCACAGUAUGAUUAUUCCACGAAACGAAGGGUCACCGUGACCGAUUUCGCUGCGAAUACAAUCGACUUUAAGGAUGUUAAUCAGGGAACCAAUCUCCAUCUCUUUGCGAUGGGCAUCAGCCAUACCAGUCCGACCGCGACAGACCCAGCGGACUCGAGUGCAACACCGUCACCCUCCGAUACCUCUGAGCCCAGCUCUUCGAGUAGCAUAAGCGCAGGUGCAGCCGCGGGCAUUGGGGUUGGGUCUGCAGCCGGUGUUAUGCUCAUAGCGUUACUGGGUUGGUUCUUGCUCCGGCGAAGGAGGAAGGAAGAGGCGGAUGCUCCUCCAGUCGCCGGGUAUCCUGUACAGGUCGGUGAUACGAAAGAGAUGCCCUCUACCGCGCGACCCCAGGAGUUAUAUGGGGAUACGGCGAGGGAACUUCCUGGUUAA